AUGUCGGGAUCGACAACACCUCAAAGACGUUUGUCACGUAGACUUACGCAUACAAAAAUUGUCAGGGAACUUUUGGCCUUAGAAAAUGCUACAGUUGCUGAAAUGGAUCAUGGCGAAAAAGCACGUCGAGAAGGUCGCUUUGUUUUUGAAUGCUCCUGGGAAGUGGCUAACAAAGUUGGUGGAAUAUAUACAGUGUUACGAACAAAAGCAUCGGUGACAACUGAAGAAUUAGGCGAUCAAUACUGCAUGUUGGGUCCAUACAAGGAAGAACGAGUUAAGUUAGAAGUUGAAAUUUUACAACCUGAUUCAUCGCCAUUGAAAUAUGCUAUGGAUCAAUUAAAUGAUCUUGGCCUUAAGGCUACUUAUGGUAGAUGGCUAAUUGAUGGUUACCCAAAAGUGGUACUGUUCGAUAUAGGUUCGGCUGCUUGGAAACUUGAUCAGUGGAAACAAGAGCUAUGGGAUUCGUGUAAAAUCGGUAUACCAUAUCAUGAUAGCGAAUCGAAUGAUGCUGUCAUAUUGGGUUUUAUGGUUGCAAUAUUCAUCCAAAAGUAUUUAUACGCGAUCGAAGGUUAUCAACCACUGUACGUAGCUCAUUUUCAUGAAUGGCAAGCUGGUAUUGGUCUUAUUUUAUCCAGGCUAUGGAAGACGGAUGUUUCGACAAUUUUUACAACACAUGCUACCUUACUUGGCCGAUACCUAUGUGCAUCCGGUGCAGAUCUAUACAACAAUAUUGAUAAAUUUGAUGUUGAUCGCGAAGCAGGAAUACGCCAAAUUUACCACAGAUAUUGUAUCGAAAGAGCAGCAGCUAAUUUGGCGCAUAUUUUUACAACUGUAAGUGAAAUAACAGGUCUUGAAGCAACACAUCUGAUUAAAAGAAAGCCGGAUAUUUUGACGCCAAACGGUUUGAAUGUGGUCAAAUUUGCAGCCUUACAUGAAUUUCAAAAUUUGCAUUCAGUUGCAAAAGAAAAAAUUCACGAUUUUAUCCGUGGACAUUUUUAUGGACAUUAUGAUUUCAAUUUGGAUAAAACAAUUUAUCUGUUUACGGCCGGACGUUAUGAAUUUACAAAUAAAGGUGGUGACUUUUUCAUCGAAGCAUUGGCAAGGUUAAAUUAUCUUCUAAAGACAUCAGCUGAUCCCAAUUGUAAAGAUGUCACCGUGGUUGCAUUUAUUAUUUAUCCUGCUGCAGCAAAUUCAUUCAAUGUGGAAUCAUUGAAAGGACAAGCGGUAUGCAAGCAAUUACAUAAUACAAUAUCGAAGAUAAAGGAAAAUUUGGCAUCGAGAAUGUUCGAAGCAUGCUUGAAAGGUCGCAUACCGGAAAUGGAGGAUUUGCUACUUCCGGAUGAACGUAUCCAAUUGAAACGUUGCAUAUUGAGUGCAAAGCGUGAUAAUUUGCCGCCAAUAUGUACGCAUAAUAUGCUUGAUGAUGCCUGUGAUCCUGUAUUAAAUGCUUUCCGACGUACUCAACUUAUAAAUCAACCGUAUGAUCGCGUUAAAGUAAUAUUCCAUCCGGAAUUUUUAUCAUCUGUUUCACCCUUAAUGAAUUUGGAUUAUGAAGAUUUUGUUCGCGGUUGUCAUAUGGGUGUUUUUCCGAGUUACUAUGAACCGUGGGGAUAUACACCAGCUGAGUGUACGGUAAUGGGUGUUCCAUCAGUUACAACCAAUCUCUCAGGAUUUGGAUGUUUCAUCCAGGAGCAAGUACAGGAUCCUCAUACAUUUGGAAUUUUUGUUAUCGAUCGUCGGUUCAAAGGACAUAAUGAGGCUAUUGAUGAACUUGCAAAAACUCUUUAUGACUUCACAUUACUUUCGCGCCGCCAGCGUAUUAUUAUGCGAAACCGGACGGAACGACUCAGCGAACUUAUAGAUUGGAAAACUCUCGGAACGUUUUAUCGGGAGGCACGACGAAAAGCACUUGAAGCUACGCAUCCAAAUUUCAUGCAAGUAAUCGAAGAAACUGUGAAGAAAAUGCCUCGUCCAACUUCAGCACCAUCAACACCGGCUACAAGUCGAUCCGUAUCACCCUACGACAGCGAAGAAUCAGAUACUGCGGAACAGGAAGCAUUCGAAGCAAAAGCAUGGGUAGAAGCUAAUUAAGUAGGCUAUUGUCUUAAAAUGAUUGUGUAUCUAACAUAACAAAGAGAUUAUCAACCAUAUUUUCAUAUAAUAAGAUGAAAUUUCAUGUUGAAUUUUCUUUUUUCUUCUAGCAGUGCAUGGAUCAGAUUUAUUUUAGCCUGAAUCUAUUGACCUGAAUCAGAGUUGUCCUGCAACAUGCGCUUUACUUUAUGUAUUUACUAAUAGG